GAGGAGGUGCCAGGCCCUGGUGGCUCCGGACUUUCCUUCCUGGUCCUGCGGGGCAGGGACUGUCCGUGGGGUUGCGGGAGGGUGCAGUGGCCCUGCCGGCCAAGGUGCCCCCGGCCUGGUUCCAUGGCCCUGGUCACAGUAAGCCGCUCGCCCCCGGCCGGCGGCGACUCCACGCCUGUGGGGCCCACGCAGGACCAGGUGUCCCAGCGCAGAAGCCGGCUCCAGCGAAGGCAGAGCUUUGCAGUACUCCGCGGGGCUGUCCUGGGACUGCAGGAUGGAGGCGAUGAUGGAGAUGCAGCCAAGGCCAGCUCUGAGCCAGUGGAGGAACCCCCUGGGGAGGAGCAGCCCCACGGGGACCAGACAGACGACGGGCAUGGGCCCCACAGUCCCAGGAAGCAGGAACAGAGUCAGCACCUGUGCCUCAUGGUGGGGCUGCUACGGCCACAAGACGACAUCCGCCUGGCAGCCCAGCUGGAGGCGGCCCGGCCCGCCAGGCUCCGCUACCUGCUGGUAGUUUCCACAAGAGAACGUCUGAGCCAGGAUGAGACAGUCCUUCUGGGUGUGGAUUUCCCUGAUAACAGCUCCCCCAGCUGCACCUUAGGCCUGGUCUUGCCUCUCUGGAGCGACACCCAGGUGUACCUAGAUGGAGAUGGGGGCUUCAGUGUGACAUCUGGUGGGCAGAGUCGAAUCUUCAAGCCAGUAUGCAUCCAGACCAUGUGGGCCACGCUCCAGGUGUUGCACCAGGCAUGUGAGGCGGCUCUAGGCAGUGGUCUUGUGCCAGGGGGCAGUGCCCUUGCCUGGGCCAGCCACUACCAGGACAGACUGAGCUCUGAUCAGAGCUGCCUCAAUGAGUGGAUGGCCAUGGCUGACCUGGAGUCUCUGCGGCCUCCCAGCAUCGACCCCGGCCGGACCUCGGGACAGGAGCAGAUGGAGGAGGCGAUCCGGGCUGAGCUGUGGGAGGUGUUGGACUCCAGUGACCUGGAGAGCAUCACUUCCAAAGAGAUCCGCCAGGCCCUGGAGCUGCGCCUGGGAUGCCCUCUCCAACAGUACCGCGAUUUCAUCGACAACCAGAUGCUGCUCCUCAUGGCCCAGCAAGACCGGGCGUCCCGCAUCUUCCCCCACCUCUACCUGGGCUCAGAGUGGAACGCAGCGAACCUGGAGGAGCUGCAGAGAAACAGGGUGAGCCACAUCUUGAACAUGGCCCGCGAGAUUGACAACUUCUACCCCGAGCGCUUCACCUACCACAACGUGCGCCUCUGGGAUGAGGAGUCGGCCCAGCUGCUGUCCCACUGGAAGGAGACGCACUGCUUCGUGGAGGCUGCAAGAGCGCAGGGCACCCGGGUGCUGGUCCACUGCAAGAUGGGCGUCAGCCGCUCGGCCGCCACGGUGAUUGCCUACGCCAUGAAGCAGUACGGCUGGAGCCUGGAGCAAGCUCUGCGCCACGUGCAGGAGCUGCGGCCCAUCGCCCGCCCCAACCCCGGCUUCCUGCGCCAGCUGCAGACCUACCAGGGCAUCCUGACUGCUAGCCGGCAGAGCCAUGUCUGGGAGCAGAAAGUGGGUGGGGCCUCCCCAGAGGAGCCCCUGGCCCCCGAGGUCUCUACACCGUUCCCACCUCUUCAGCCAGAACCCGGGGGCAGUGGGGAGCUGAAUGUGGUGGGGUUGGAGGAGAGCCGGGCAGCCCCAGAAGAAGAGCCUGGGUCACGGCCCCGUAUCAACCUCCGCGGGGUUAUGAGAUCCAUCAGCCUCCUGGAGCCAUCCUCAGAGCUGGAAAGCACCUCAGGGGACGGUGACCUGCCAGAGGUUUUCUCUCCAGAGGAGUUUUCAGAUGAAGACCCUCCACAGCCCUUCCCUCAGCUCUCAAGCGCCAAGGGAGGCCAGCAGGCCCGCAAGGGGCCUUGGCCUGCCCUGAAGUCCCGCCAGUCUGUGGUUGCCCUCAACAACGCCGCCCUGGUGGCCAGCCGGACCCAGGCCUUCCAGGAGCAGCGGAAGGCUGGCUGUCCGUCCACACCCAGGCACCAGCAGGUGGUGAGGCAGGCCAGCGUGGAUGACAGUGGCGAGGAGGGCGAGGUGUGAGCCCACACACAUUCCCACGCCCCCCUAGACACAAACAGAGGUGCCGGAACACAGCUCCUGGGAUGAGCACCCCUCACUCCUGUCGGCCUGUCCACGUUCCUCUUAGCUCCUCCCCAGGAGGCCCCAGACUCCCGUCACUACAGCCUCAGCACCUACAGCCUUAAGUCUCAGACCCAUGUCCACCUGUCCAAGGGCUCAAGAUUUCCUCCACAUUUGGGGAUGUGGUAGAGAGACUGAAGGUGCCUUUGGGGGCAACAGUACCCUAGCUUCAUUCUCAACUGCUGCCUGAAACACACACUUGCAGCCAUGGAAUAAAAAACAGAGUUUCUCAGUGCAGAAAGGCUCAUGCUCCCUCCCUCCCCUGCUCCUGUCUGCCUCAUUCCCCCGACCCCAUUUCACUCCUGGGGCUCUGCAGAGAACCAGUGGCCCCCAAAGGCCAAGAGUAACCUCAGUCCCCAAACCUGGGAGGUUCUGAGGAGUGGGGAGCCAGACCCCUCUGACGGGGCUGGCCGGUCAGCCUCCCUCACACCCCCCAUAAGCAGCCUGAAUCUUCUGCUGCUGCCCCCAGCACCCUCCACCAGCACUGCACUGGAGCACAGGGCACUACACCAAAGAGAGAGUCUUCUUUCUGAGCUUCAUGGCCUCUGGCCAGUUUUUCAUAGUCUUCAUAGUGUCUGGCUUUGUACUUAGAAAGAAAAAACAUUUUCAUAUUGUUUUCAAUUUUAUGAUAAAGCUUGUCAGUCCACUCUUUCUCUGGUUGCACAAGGAGUGUGGCCUCUCCUUACCCCUUCCAGUCUCUUCAUACCUCCCAGGUAUCUUGCGACAGGCCGGUUUGGGGAGUGGUGUGUUUGGGGUGCGGUGGGAGGAAGAAUGGGGAAGAGAAGAGGGGAGGUCGGCGCUAUCUCCCUCAUCUCCCGGGGCAGGGCCUGGGUAAAUGCUAGCUGCCCCGCCCCCCUCAGGCAGGUCGGCAGGGGAACAAGUCUACACUGGACAGCAGGUGCUGGGCUCUGCCGGGGCAGCGGAAGGGAGUUACCCAUGAGGAAAUGGAAGCUGUCGAUGCCUAUGUGGACAGGACCAAGCCCGUCCCAGAAGCUAAGGCUCCUUUUGGGCACUUGAUGCUAGUUCUUGAGCACACUUUGGGUCCCAAGAAUCUUCUUCUUGUUACAAUGCAAGAGAGCCUGACUUUCCAAGCCAGACUAUCACUGCCAGGGAAGAAGGACCCUCGGUGGGCCCUCCCCUCUGCCUAGGGGUUCCUUCUGCCCAAUUACAAUGUUCAAGAAGAGUAAGUGGGUCCAUCUUUGUCACUUCUCUCCCCUCUUGCCAAGAUCAUAUGCUCUGCCCUAUAACACUCUAGUUUGGUUGGGGGUUGGGAGUGGGUGGGUGCAGCUCCUUCCCUCAAAGCAGGCCUCAGAUAGGAGCUGGCAGCAAAUGUUCUUGUCGAUUGAGAUCUCAUGCCCAGUUUUAGGAAUGAAUCUCUCACCCAGACCCUGGUGGGACCCCCAGCACUGCUCUAACCCUAGUGGACGGAGGAGCAGGAGACUUGGGUUCUAGCCCCAGCUGUAUCACUUACAAGUUACUUCAUCUUAAGUCUCUGUUUCUUUCUGUAAGACAAAAGGAUUAAACCAGGAAAUCCCUAGACCCCA